ACGUUGGCGCCCGCUUGCUUUAACGCUAUCUCUUAUUCCUAGGGGCAGCCAUGCGUAAAGAGGAAUUUCACCUGAAGUUUUUCAUGUGUGUGAUUCGCUCCCAGCAGGUAGUCAGGACUCCUCCAAGCACAGCCGGGGAGGCCUCGACUUCCAGCAGGCUCCCACCCAGCCCUUCAUCAAAGCCAGAGGCCUCACCUGGACUAGAUACUGAGGAUGACCCCGAUUCCCAGGAAGGCACAUCUCUUCCAACUGAGUGGAUCAUGACCCACGAAGAGCACCAUGCGGCCAAAACCCUGGGCGUCGGCAAAGCCAUCGCCGUACUAACCUCUGGUGGGGAUGCCCAAGGUAUGAAUGCUGCCGUACGGGCUGUGGUUCGAGUUGGCAUCUUCACUGGAGCCCGGGUCUUCUUUGUUCAUGAGGGCUACCAGGGUCUGGUGGAUGGUGGAGAUCACAUUCGGGAGGCCACCUGGGAGAGUGUCUCCAUGAUGCUGCAGCUGGGAGGCACAGUGAUCGGAAGUGCCCGGUGCAAGGACUUCCGGGAACGAGAGGGAAGGCUCCGAGCUGCCUAUAACCUGGUGAAGCGUGGCAUCACCAAUCUGUGUGUGAUAGGUGGUGAUGGCAGCCUCACUGGGGCAGACACCUUCCGUUCUGAGUGGAGUGACCUGCUGAGUGACCUCCAGAAGGCAGGUAAGAUUACAGCUGAGGAGGCCACCAAGUCCAGCUAUCUGAACAUCGUGGGACUGGUAGGCUCCAUUGACAAUGACUUCUGUGGAACGGACAUGACCAUUGGCACAGACUCUGCAUUGCACCGUAUCAUUGAGAUUGUGGACGCCAUCACCACCACUGCCCAGAGUCACCAGCGGACAUUCGUGUUAGAGGUGAUGGGCCGCCACUGUGGGUACCUGGCCCUGGUCACCUCUCUGUCCUGUGGCGCCGACUGGGUCUUCAUUCCUGAGUGCCCUCCAGAGGAUGACUGGGAAGAUCACCUUUGUCGGCGGCUGAGUGAGACUCGGAACCGGGGCUCUCGCCUCAACAUCAUCAUUGUGGCUGAGGGUGCCAUCGACCGGCAUGGGAAGCCCAUCACCUCAGAAGGCGUGAAGGAUCUGGUGGUAAAACGUCUGGGCUAUGACACACGGGUCACUGUCCUGGGACACGUGCAGCGAGGCGGAACACCAUCGGCCUUUGACCGCAUCCUGGGCAGCAGGAUGGGUGUGGAAGCAGUGAUGGCACUGUUGGAAGGGACUCCGGACACCCCGGCCUGUGUGGUCAGCCUGUCUGGUAACCAGGCUGUGCGCCUGCCGCUCAUGGAGUGUGUCCAGGUGACCAAAGAUGUGACCAAGGCCAUGGAUGAGAAGAAAUUUGACGAAGCCAUGAAGCUGAGAGGCCGGAGCUUCAUGAACAACUGGGAGGUUUAUAAGCUUCUGGCUCAUGUCAGGCCCCCUGUCUCCAAGAGUGGUUCGCAUACAGUGGCCGUGAUGAAUGUGGGUGCCCCAGCAGCAGGAAUGAAUGCAGCUGUUCGCUCCACUGUGAGGAUUGGCCUGAUCCAGGGCAACCGGGUGCUGGUGGUGCACGAUGGCUUCGAGGGCCUGGCCAAGGGCCAGAUUGAGGAAGCCGGCUGGAGCUACGUUGGGGGCUGGACUGGCCAAGGCGGUUCCAAACUGGGCACUAAAAGGACUCUGCCCAGAAAGAGCUUUGAACAGAUCAGUGCCAACAUAACCAAGUUUAAUAUCCAGGGCCUAAUCAUCAUUGGGGGCUUUGAGGCAUACACUGGGGGCCUGGAGCUGAUGGAGGGCAGAAAGCAGUUUGACGAGCUCUGUAUCCCUUUCGUGGUCAUCCCCGCCACGGUGUCCAACAAUGUUCCUGGCUCGGACUUCAGCAUUGGUGCUGAUACCGCACUCAACACCAUCUGUACGACAUGUGACCGUAUCAAACAGUCGGCUGCAGGCACCAAGCGCCGUGUGUUCAUCAUUGAGACCAUGGGUGGCUACUGUGGCUACCUGGCCACCAUGGCAGGGCUGGCAGCUGGUGCCGACGCCGCCUACAUCUUUGAAGAGCCUUUCACCAUCCGGGACCUGCAGGCGAAUGUUGACCAUCUUGUGCAGAAGAUGAAGACGACUGUGAAGAGAGGCUUGGUACUCAGAAACGAGAAGUGCAACGAGAACUACACCACGGACUUCAUCUUCAACCUGUACUCGGAGGAGGGGAAGGGCAUCUUCGACAGCAGAAAGAACGUGCUGGGUCAUAUGCAGCAGGGAGGGAGCCCAACUCCCUUCGACAGGAACUUUGCUACUAAGAUGGGCGCCAAGGCUAUGAACUGGAUGUCUGGGAAGAUUAAAGAGAGUUACCGCAACGGACGUAUUUUUGCCAACACUCCGGACUCAGGCUGUGUCCUGGGCAUGCGGAAGAGGGCUCUGGUCUUCCAGCCUGUGACAGAACUGAAGGACCAGACAGACUUUGAGCAUCGUAUUCCCAAGGAGCAGUGGUGGCUGAAGCUGAGACCAAUCCUCAAAAUCCUAGCCAAGUAUGAGAUAGACCUGGACACCUCAGAGCAUGCUCACCUGGAGCACAUCUCCCGGAAGCGGUCUGGGGAAGCUGCUGUCUAGCCUGGAACCAGGGACAGGGCUGUCUGAUGGCACUGGAGCUCUAGUUGCACCCCUUCCUGCCUCAUAGCUCUUUAGUCACUAGAAACCCUUUCCCCUGCACGGGAGGCUGCUCAGCGCUACUGGGAACAGGGUGGAAGCUCCAGGCGGCCCCAGCCUCGGCUGUCACCAAGGAGGACUCCUGUAGUGUUCCUGCUGGACCCUGUGGUGAAACCCCCCCUUAACAUAAGCUUUAUUUAUUUUUUUGUGAUAAUCAAGUAUUUUGGCUCCUCUAUCACCUAUGGUGCAGUGACACAAACUACAUAAAUAAACUCCAGCUGGCCGCUGUG